AUGGAGGCCGCCGCUGCCGCAGCCGCCGCGGCGCCCCUGCUGGAGGCCGAGGCCGCUGCUGAAGAAGGCGGCACGGCCUGCGCGCCAGCGGCGGCCGAGGGCUCUGCCGGCGCCAUCACCGACGCCAUCACCGACGCGGGCACUCCGGGCGGGGCCAGGCUGACCCCGAGGGGCUGCGGCUUCGGUGGCUACCUUUGCGAGCUCGCCGUGCUGGAGGCGGUGGAGGAGUACCUCCAGUUCCACGGCCUCGAGAGGUCGGUGCGGGCCCUGAGCGCGGAGGUGGAGCGCUACGGCCUGAGGCAGACGGGGCCGCGGCCCUCGCGCGAGGGCCCGGCCCCCGGCGAGACGGGGCCCCCGGCCGGCGGCGGCGAGUUCGCCGUGGCGGUGGCGCUGGCGGCCUUCGAGGCCGGGCGGCAGGAAGAUUUCUUCGCCAUCUGGCGGCGGCUGGUGCCAGAGGAGAGCGCCAGGCAUCCGGUGGGGUGCACCCUGCAGCUCCGGCUGCACGUCCACUUCGGCUCGCUGGGCACGCGCCGCUCGCUGCGCGCGGGCGCCGCGGCUCCCGGGGCCGCGGCGCCCGCGGAGGAGCUCCCGAACUUCGGAGCGCUCCGCGAGUUCCUGGCGACCGCCCCGGUCUCCGCGCUGGACGAGUCCGCGGGCAGCGCGUUGGCGCCGCUCUUCGCGUUGCCCUUCGUGCCGCGGCCGCACCAGAACCCGGCGCUGAGGUUCGUCUUCGAGGAGGCGUGGCUCCAGAGGCUGCGCUCCGACCUCGGCGCCUUCCUGUCGGCGGCCGCGCGGGGGCGGCACGCGCCGGCGCUGCGGCACCUGGCCGGCAGCCUCGUCGCCGCGCGGGGGCCGCAGGCGGCGCCGCCGCCCGCGAGCUGGCACGAGCUGGUGCGCAUCGCCGACCUGGGGCUGGCGGCUGCCUUGCAGCUCUGCCGGCCCCGGGGCGGCGGCAUCCUGCGCGAGGCCCGCAGCCCAGCGAGCCCGGGCCGCCAGCCCGGCCGGCGGUCCUCCACGCCGGUGCCCCGCGGGGGGGCCGGGCAGAGCCCGGGGCUGCUGCGGGAGGUGGCGGACGCGCGGCGCCGCCUGGCGGCCGUGGGCGCGCGGCCGCAGGAGCCGCCCGCGGCGCCUGGGCCGCAGCCGGGCGCGGCGCUGGGCGCGGCGUCUGAGGACGGCCUCGCCGGCGGCCCGCUGCGUGACCUGCCCUGGCCAGCGUCGCGCGAGCGCGAGCGCGCGGCGCCGAGCCGGGAGGAAUUCGGCAGGGCCUCGCCCUCGCAGCGGUUGCAUUCGGUGCAGUCCGCCCGCGGCCUCGACUCGCGGGCCCGCGCCGCGACGGCGCUGCUGCCGGUGCCGCCCGCGCUGGACUUCGGGCGCAUCACGCAGGUCAUCGAGGGCGCCGAGCAGGAUCCGCAGGCGCCGCCGCUCAAGGCGGUGCUGCGCGCGGUGCUGCGGCGACUGGCGCUGCCAGACGAAGCCAUCCGGCCGCGCCGCACGUUCCUCGCCGCCCUCGCUUGCUUCGGCACCCUGCGCGCCCUGGCGGGGCGGCUCGGCGAGAUCGCGGCCGGCAGCGACGCGGAGCUCACGGAGCUGUCGCUGGCGGUGCUGGCCGUGUGCGCCUGCGAGGUGGUUGGCCGCAGGGAGAUCGAGGCCGGCGAGAGCCCGGCGCAGCCGAGCUGCCUGGGGGCGCUGGUGAUGGUGCUAGGGAGGGAGCCCGUGGCCACGCUCGUUCACAUGCAGUGCCUGGCCGUGUUGCAGCGCCUGUCCCUCCGGCGGCAGCUCCAGCUGAAGAUGAUCGAGCUCGGCGCUGUGGACUGGAUUCUGCAGACGCUGCCGACGAUGCGGCGGCACGCGCCUGGGGGCAGCGAGUCUGGGAGCUGGCACCUGCACGGCCUCGGGGGCGGGCCCAGCCUCCACGACUUCUCCGUCGAGUUCAUGUCCGCCCUGCUGAUGAACCUCACCCUGCGGGCCGCGGGCCGCAGGCGGUGCUCGGAGCUGGGCGCCUACGGCGUGCUCGUCGGCCUCAUCGAGCACCCCAACGAGCAGGUGCGCACGCACGUGAACGGCACGCUCUACGCACUGUUCUGCGCCUCCUCGUUCCGCGCCGACGCCCGACGGGCGGGGGCGGAAGCAACCCUGCAGGAGACCCUGGCGCGCGUGCAGCCCAUGAGCGACCGAGACGACCUCCUGAGGAGGCAGCUCGAGUGCCUUCUGGCGCAGGUGCGCAGGCCGGCAGACGCCAGCGACGAGGACGAGGACACGGACAGCCUGGAAGGCAUCGCCGACGGCGGCAUGGACGACGGAGACAACUUCCUCGAUGAGGAGGAGCUCGCCGGACAGUUCUUUCUGGCCUCCAUGAGCGCCGUGGAGGCGGCGGCGGAGGCCGCCGCCGAACUGGGCGACCCGGACGGCGAGCGGACGAGCGCGGCGGCCACGGAGGCCGUGGCGCGGGAGGUCGCCGCAGCCGAGGAGGCGUUGCGCCACUUCCGCGCCCAGCCCCAGGUGGCGGACUCGCAGCAGCGCCGCUUCCACGCCUUCGUGUCCCGCAGCUCAAGGAGCAUCAUGUCGCCCAAGAGGAUUCCGAGCUCGAUGCAGAGCCCCUCGCCUUUCGGCGACCCGUACGUGCCCCCGCCAGCGCACCCCGCCGCCGCGGGGGCGUCGCCGCCAGGGCUGCAGUCAGCGCACCCCGCCGCCGCAGGGGUGUCGUCGCCGGGCUUGGUGCCCAUCCAGUCGGCGCCAGUGUCGCCAUCGGAGGACGUGCAGCAGGAAGGCGCCCGGCGUGCCGGCGCCCCCGCGGCAGAGGGCGGCGGCGCCGAGAGCGACGCCAGCGCGCAGGCGGAGUGCAAGGGCCUCCCAGCGGAGAUGGCGGCGCCGCCGCCGCGGGCCAGUGACCCAUCGACCGUAACGACGCCGCAGCCAUCAUCCGAGGCGCCGCACGACAAGGCGCGGGCGGCGGGGGUGGCGUCGCCACCGUCGCAGAAGCCCGUAGCAGCGGCGCCAGCCCGCGGCGGCCCCAGCGGGCACGCGCCCGCAGCCCGGCCAAAGGCCGGCGGGCCGCCUGCGCCGGUCGCGCCGCGGAGCAGCGCGCGCGGCCCGCAGCCGCCGCCCGCGCCGCAGCGCGGCGCCGCGCGGGCCCCAGCGGGCGGGCGCGGCGCUGGCGGCGCCGCCAGCAGCGGCCGCGGGGGCCCCGCCAAGCACAACGCCGGGGCCGCCAGCGCGCCCCCGCCACGGCUGCCGCCCCUCGCCGCCGGGGCGCCCACGGGUCCCGGGCGGGGCUCCGCUCGCAACCGCUCCCGCUCCGGGUCGCCCUUCAGGCCCGGUUCCGGCGGCGCGGGCCCAGGCACGAGCGCCCGCGCGGCGGCGGCGGUGUCGGAGGCGGUCAACGGCGGCUCGCAGCUCCGCCGCGGCAGCCGCGGGUCUGCGGUCGCGCGCGGCGGCAGCCGCGAGCCCGCGCCGUCGGGCGGCGGCAGCCUGCCGCAGCUGUCAAGUGGCAGCCUGCCGCGGCGCGGCUCGUGAGUGGCAGUCGGUCGCGGCCGCCGCGUUCGGCCCCGCGGCGAAGCGCACGCAGCGUCGUCCCCCUCCCC